CUUCUCUUAUUCUUCGUCUGCUAGCCCAUCCGGUGAUCUCCAAACUUAAGAAGAAAAAAAAAACUAUCUUUCUAAAUUUAGAUUCUUACUAAGUAAAGAAAAUUAUGACAAUGUUCAAAAUAAACAUGAUGACCAAUAUUACUGCUGCCAUUAAUCCAUCAAUGGGUGGGAUAUCCUCAGUUUCAAGCAAGAAAAGUAAUAUGUUUUUCGGAGCAUCGGCUGCUGACGUGUUCCCUCCCAUUCUGCUCAAAGAAAUGGAGAAAAUCCAAGACCCUUUUGCUCAAAACUUAGUUUCAAGAAUUCAAAUGCUGCCUAUUGAGCUUAAUGUCUCGAAAAAUCAUAUUAUGAGUAGUUGUGUCACGCCAAUGGUACAGGACACCGCCAAUCCAAUUGUUCUACUUCAUGGCUUUGACAGUUCAUGUCUAGAAUGGAGAUACACACUUCCGUUGCUUGAGCAGGCCGGAUUAGAAACCUGGGCAAUUGACAUUCUAGGAUGGGGCUUCAACCAAUUAGAAACGCUUCCACAUUGUACCGUGGAAUCCAAGCGCGAUCAUCUCUUUCAGUUUUGGAAGUCAUACAUUAAAAGGCCUAUGUUGCUAGUGGGUCCGAGUCUUGGAGCUGCGGUUGCAAUUGACUUUGCUAUCCACCAUCCAGAAGCUGUUGAUAAGCUGAUUUUGAUUAAUGCAAGUGUGUAUUCAAAGGGCACGGGAAAUCUUUCCAAAUUACCAAGAAGUGUAGCCUUUGCUGGUGUCUCACUUUUAAAAAUCUUACCAUUGCGCUUUUACGCUACUAAUCUGUCAUAUAAUUCAUUGCCAUUUGAUAAAUGCUUAGAUUGGACUUAUAUUGCUCGAUUACAUUGUUUAUUGCCAUGGUGGGAAGAAGCAACAGUUGAUUUCAUGAUCAGUGGGGGAUAUAAUGUUUCUGCACAGAUUAAUCAGGUUGUGAACAAAACCCUUAUAAUAUCAGGAGAAAAUGAUCGAAUCAUUGACAGCAAACUUGCAGUGCGAUUACAUUGUGAGCUACCCAAUGCCAUUAUUCGUCAAAUAUCAAAUUGUGGUCACAUCCCACAUGUCGAAAAACCAGAUGUUGUUGCUAAGUUGAUCACAGACUUUGUGCCCUGUGAGAUGAGCUUCACUCCUACAUCAUUUCCAGAGAAGCGAAAAAAGAUUCUAGUACAUCAAAUUUAGUCGUUAGCGCCCCCAAUUCUCAAAUUUAUAUAGUGGUGUGUUGUCAAUGCUAAAUGGGACCCAGGUGUGGAGUGUUUUACAAGCGUGUCAUCUUGGUUAGUAACAACAUUAUAUAAUUAAACUCCAAGAUUACUACUUAUACAUGUCUAGUAUGAAUGAUUGAAUGUACAAGUGGCAAAA